CUUCGUGCGAAGCUGUCAGGUCAAUGGCGGAUGGUGCCGGAGCUGCCACCAUUAUUGAUGCACGAGGUGCACGUCCAGGUUGGUUUUACACCGCCAUCUCUGCCCUGCCAACGCAAUAUUCACCCUCGCCUUCUUGCCCAUCAUGGGCAUGUUCAGCUGGUCUCGUCCACCGUCUUCCCCAGACGAGAUCUAUGCAUCCAGUCUCCAGACGCUCCAUCUGGGUCACGCCCUCUGGUAUCCCGAGCCGCACGAGACAGGCGAGCCCCAGAUCGGCGAUGUCGGCUUCGUGUACGAAGGCGCAUUUGUCAGACUGUUCAACCUCGACGCCUCUGCACCUGACAAGGCGGUCAAAUUCUGGGACCCGCCGUUCGAGAUCACCGAGCCCUUGCCUCCGGCGGUGUUCAAGGUCUCCCACCGGCACAACCCGCUUGUUCCUGGCCAUUAUCGCAGCCAGGGGAUGGAGAAAACGCGGAGACAUGCCUCAGCAGAUAUGUGAGUACACCUA